AUGGCCGCCCGUCGGUCCCUUGCCCGGUCCAUCCCCGCUCUCCGCGCUGCAUCUCCCCGCACGGCGGUGGCCAACAUCUCGUCCGCCAGGGUAGCUGCGGCGUCAGCUUCUCGCUCUCUCACAACGUCCUCCAUGCCUUCCUCUCGCAUACUCGCAUCUCAGGCCUCGUCAGCCGCCUCGUCAGUGGCUCGACGAAGGCUCCAUGCCACUGCUCAGCAGCUCACCCCCGCAACCACAUCCGCGGCUAGUACCGCCACUGAAUACCCGACAAGCCACGAAGCCAUCGCCAAUCCAAUUGAUACCACAAAUUUCCUCGACAACGAGUUUGUACCUUCAAAAGCGAGCACUUGGAUCGACUUGUUUGACCCGGCCACCAACAACCUCGUCACUCGUGUCCCCCAGAGCACCGAUGAGGAGCUCCGUGCUGCUGUUGAGUCCGCUCAGAAGGCUUUUCCGGCCUGGCGGGCAACAAGUGUCAUGGCCAGGCAGCAGAUCAUGUUCAAGUUUGUGAAUCUUAUCCGUCAGCACUGGGACCGUUUGGCUGCAUCCAUCACUCUCGAGCAGGGCAAGACCUUUGCCGAUGCCAAGGGUGAUGUUCUACGUGGUCUGCAGGUCGCGGAAACCGCUUGCGGUAUCACAACGCAGAUUACCGGUGAGGUGUUGGAGGUUGCCAAGGACAUGGAGACCAGGAGUUACAGAGAGCCUCUUGGAGUUGUUGCCGCUAUUUGCCCUUUCAACUUUCCCGCCAUGAUUCCUCUUUGGUGUAUCCCUGUUGCUACUAUCACUGGCAACACUUUGGUCAUGAAGCCCUCCGAGCGCGACCCUGGAGCCGCAAUGAUCCUGGCCGAGUUGGCCAAGGAAGCCGGAUUCCCUCCCGGUGUCAUUAACAUCAUCCAUGGUUCUGCCAAGACUGUUGACUUCAUCUUGGACGCCCCCGAGAUCAAGGCUAUCAGUUUCGUCGGUGGUAACCGUGCCGGAGAAUACAUCUACACCCGCGGAUCUGCCAACGGAAAGCGUGUGCAAGCCAACCUUGGGGCGAAGAACCACGCUGCGGUCUUGCCCGAUGCUAACAAGAACCAGACCCUCAAUGCCAUUGUUGGUGCUGCCUUCGGAGCUGCUGGUCAGCGUUGUAUGGCUCUCAGUACCCUGGUCACGGUUGGGGAGACGAAGGAGUGGCUUCCUGAGAUGGCUGAACGAGCCAAGGCUCUGAACGUCAACGGAGGUUUCGAAGAGGGUGCUGACCUUGGCCCUGUUAUCAGCCCUGAGAGCAAGAAGCGCAUUGUGGAGUUGAUUGACAGCGCUGAGAAGGAGGGUGCCACCAUCCUUCUGGAUGGCAGAAACUACAAGCCCGAGAAGUAUCCUAACGGCAACUUUGUUGGCCCUACUAUCAUCACCGGAGUCACCCCUGAAAUGAGAUGCUACAAGGAGGAAAUCUUCGGUCCCGUUCUCGUUUGCCUUGAAGUCCCCACGCUGGACGAUGCGAUCGAGCUCAUCAACAAGAACGAGUACGGAAACGGCGCGGCCAUCUUCACUUGCUCCGGUCCCACUGCCUCUCGCUUCCAGAAGGACAUUGAGGCUGGCCAAGUCGGUGUCAAUGUCCCCAUCCCCGUCCCGCUCCCCAUGUUCUCUUUCACCGGAAACAAGAAGAGUAUUGCCGGCGGUGGUGCCAACACUUUCUACGGCAAGCCUGGUCUCAAUUUCUACACUCAGCAGAAGACCGUGACGAGUUUGUGGCGUGCUGAAGAUGCUGUCAGCACCAAGGCCCACGUUGUGAUGCCCACACAUUCAUAA